AUGUUGUUACAGCAUGUGUACGCACUACAACAACUUGAGGGUCAUCUCAAAGAGGGCGCUUGUGCUUUAGAUGUUGGUUCAGGGAGUGGCUAUCUCACAGCUGCUAUGGCUUAUAUGGUUGGAGAAAGUGGAAAGGUUCAUGGAAUUGAUCAUAUUGAUAAGCUUGUCAAAGAUUCUUUGGCUAAUAUUAAAAGAGGGAAGCCUGAACUUCUUGAAAAGGGCAGAGUCAAAAUUGUCUCUGGUGAUGGGCGCAAAGGUUAUGAACCUGGGCAGCCCUACGAUGCAAUCCAUGUGGGAGCAGCUGCAGCAGAAUUACCGUCUGCUGUGAGUAGAAGAUAA